AAAUUUUUUUUUUUUUUUUGUUCUCUUCAUAUGGUGAAAAGGUCUUUAAAGAACAACAAUAACAAUAGUGAAACUAAAGUCCAAAACCUCAUUUCAUCAAUAAUACAUACAGACAUUUAAUAAUAUUCUACAAUUCAAGAAAAAAAUAAUAUUCAUUUAUUUAUAUAGUUAGUAAUAGCAGCAACAGUUGUACAGCAUUUAGCUAAUAAAUAAUUAGGUAAUAAUUCAAGUUUUAUAAUAGAAACCACAACCCAACAGCACCAUAGCACCACGACAACAAUAAUAAACAAUACAUAUACAUAAAAAAAAUGGAAAGUUGGCAACCAAAUCCAGCAGGUUUAAAUCAACUUGUAUUCCUUUUAAAUCAAUCUGUCUCACCAUCAAGAGAAGUUCAAGAUAAGAUUAGAGAGGAAUUAGAAAAAUUUCAUUCAAUUCCAGAUUAUAAUAAUUAUUUAACAAUUAUUUUUAAGAGUGCAGAAUUACAACCACACAUUAGAAGUGUAUCAGGUUUAUUAUUAAAGACAAAUAUUAAAACUUAUUUCGAAAAAAUGCCAAGAGAAGUUCAAAACUAUAUUAAAAGGGAGAUUUUACCAGUUCUUUCAGAUUCAGAAGUUUCGGUUCGUCACACUGUUGGUAAUAUUGUAACAAAUUUAAUUAAAAAGAGUAAUUUUUCAGAUUGGCCAGAAUUAUUACCAACAUUAUUCCAAGCAUUAGAUAGCCAAAAUCAAGAUUUAGUCGAAGGUUCACUUUAUACAAUUUCAUUAUUAUGUGAAGAUUCAACUAAAAAGUUAGAUAGCGAGGACAGUAACAGAGCAUUAAAUCAAUUAAUUCCAAAAUUGAUUAUGUUUUUCAGAUCCACCAACCCAGAUUUUAGAAAGAAAGCAUUGGUUUCAAUUUCAUUUUUUAUUGUUCAAAUGCCAGGCGCUCUUUUAAUCAAUAUGGAAGCAUUUUUAAAGGGUAUAUUUUCAAUGAGUGAAGAUCCAUCACCACAAGUCAGAACAAAUGUUUGUAAAACUUUAGUUAUUUUGGUCGAAACUAAAAUAGAAUUCCUUUUACCAUACAUUAAAGACGUAAUUGAAUAUAUGCUUCAUGCUACAAAAGAUAAAUCUGAAGAAGUCGCUUUAGAAGCUUGCGAAUUUUGGACUGCAAUUUCACAAACUGAAGGUUGUAGAGAUUUAUUAAAAGAUUAUUUACCAUCUUUAAUUCCAAUUUUAUUAAAUGGUAUGGUUUAUUCAGAAUCAGAUUCUCAAUUUUUAGAUCAUGGUGAUGAUGCUAUGACACCAGAUAGACCAGAAGAUAUUAAACCAUUUAUUUCACAAACUAAAUCACAUGGCAGUGGAGCACAAGGUGGUGAUCAAGGUUUUGUUCAAGCUGAACAACAAAAAUCAGAAGAAGAUGAAGAAGAUUAUGAUGACGACGACGAAGAUUAUAAUGAUUUUGAAGAUGAAGAAUGGACAAUUAGAAAAAGUUCAGCUUAUGCACUCGAUGUUUUAUCAGGUAUCUUCCAAGAUGCAGAAUACCUUUCUGUUACAUUACCAUUAAUCGAACAACGUAUGAACGACUCAAAUCCAUGGCCAGUUAGAGAAAGUGCAAUUUUAGCUUUAGGUGCCAUCGCUGAUGGUUCAAAAGAAGGUUUAGCUCCACACCUUGGAAAGGUUGUACCAUAUCUUGUAAAUACACUUAAUGAUAGCAAACCAUUGGUACGUAGUAUUACCUGUUGGACUCUCAGUAGAUACUCUUAUUGGAUCGCCCAAGAAGGUCGUGAGUUCCUUCAUCCAUUAGUUAUCAAUCUUUUAAACCGUAUUGGUGAUAAUAAUAAAAAAGUUCAAGAAGCAGCUUGUUCAGCAUUUGCCACUCUUGAAGAAGAAGCCGAUCUUUUAUUAUUACCAUAUCUCACUACAAUUCUCACCACUUUUGUAAAUGCUUUCAGUAAAUAUCAAGCCAAGAAUCUUUUAAUUUUAUAUGAUGCCAUCUCAACAUUAGCCAAAGUGGUAGGUGGUGAAUUAAAUAAACCAGAAUACGUCAAUAUAUUAGUACCACCACUUUUACAAAAAUUCAAUUCACUCGAAGAUAACAAUAAGAGUCUUCUUCCAUUAUUAGGCUGCUUAAAUCAAGUUUGCUCAGCCAUUGGUAUUGGUCUUCAAAAUCUUAUUGUUCUAUUUUUCAACAGAGCCAUUAAAUUAAUCGAAGGAUCAUUACAAUCACAAAAACUCAACGAAGAAAACAAUAAAAGAACUUUUUCCAGUGAUUUUGACUUUAUCGUUGCCGCUUUAGAUCUCCUUCAAGGUCUCUCAGAAGGAAUUGGUACAUCAAUUGAAUCAUUAAUUCCAAGUUCAAAUCUUCCACGUCUUUUAUUGGAAUGUAUGAAACUUCGUGGUACUGAUGUUCUUCAAAGCAGUUUUGCUUUAUUGGGCGAUAUGGCUAAACAUUGUCUCAUUCACUUUAAACAAUAUAUCCCUGAAUACCUUAAUAUCUUAUCAAAUAAUCUUUAUCCAGAAUGUUUAUCAGUUUGUAAUAACGCAAGUUGGGCCAUUGGUGAAAUUGCUCUUCGUAUGCCAGAAGAAGUUAAACCAUUUGUACCAAAUAUUCUCGAUCGUCUCAUUGCAAAUAUUAAUAAAAUUAAUUUAAAUCGUGGUGUAUUAGAGAAUACCGCUGUCACCCUUGGUCGUUUAGGUUUAGUUUCCGCACCAGACAUUGCUCCAAAUGUAGAUAAGUUUAUUCAAUGUUGGUGUAUGGCAAUUCGUAGAAAAACUGAUGAUGUCGAAAAAGAUUCUGCUUUUAGAGGUAUGUGGUUAGUUAUUAACAAUAAUCCAAAUGGUGCACUUCGUCAUUUAGUUUACAUUUGUGAUGCUGUUGCUUCCUGGGUCAAUAUGCAACCAGAUCUCUAUGAAGCUUAUUUCAAAUUAUUAAAUAUGUAUAAAGAAGGUAUGGGUGGUGUUUGGCCACAAUUUUAUUCUCAAUUCCCAGCCCAACUUCGUCAAAUUUUAAAUGAGAAAUAUCAUUUAGAUAGAUAGAAUAAAAAAAAUAAAAAAAUAUAAUAAUAAUAAUAAUAAUAAUAAAUAAUAAUCAAUCACCUCAAUAAUAAUAAUAAUAAUAAUAAACAAUAAUAAAUAGUAAUAAUAU